AUGAAUUCGUUAGCACGGCGCUGGCCUCACUUCCACGAUCUGCCGUUCAAGGCUGUUCCGGACUCCCAAGUGGACAUAUUGAUCGGCUGUGACGUACCCGAGGCGCAUUGGGUUAUGGACCGACGGAUGGGAGGCCUUACUGGAGACCAAGAGGACCGUUGCGUUAGUCGCUGUUUCAACCAACAUCCCACUGCGGAAACUGCAUCGUUUUUCACAAUGGACGAAGGUGCUGAAGGUGGUUGUCUGGUGGACCAGAUUCAAACGAUCAAUCGCUAUUAUGACUAUUAUAGUAUUAUUACGACCCCGACCUAA